ACCACCGUCGCCGCCGCCGCCGUCUCGACGAAGACGCUGACCUUCCUCAAUAUGCUCAACCAAUGGCUGACGACCAAUACCUUCACCCGCCGCCUCCUUCUUCAAUGAGGCACCGUGCUACGUCGGAGGCGGCGGACGGCGGCUGCGGCGAGAUCGUUGAGGUGCAAGGUGGUCACAUUGUUCGGUCUACCGGAAGAAAAGAUCGGCACAGUAAAGUCUGCACGGCCAAAGGACCACGUGACCGGCGCGUGAGGCUCUCUGCUCACACGGCGAUUCAGUUCUACGAUGUUCAAGACAGGCUUGGUUUCGACCGACCUAGCAAGGCCGUUGAUUGGCUUAUCAAAAAGGCUAAGUCUUCCAUUGACGAGCUCGCUGAGCUUCCUCCCUGGAAUCCCGCCGAUGCAAUUCGCCUUGCCGCUGCUAACGCUAAACCCAGAAGAACCACCGCCAAAACCCAAAUCUCUCCGUCGCCCCCGCCGCAACAGCAACAACAACAGCAACAGCUUCAGUUCGGUGCUGGAUUCGACAGAGGAGGAGCAGAGCAUCCGAGUAACGAGUCCAGUUUUCUCCCGCCGUCGAUGGAUUCAGAUUCGAUAGCUGACACUAUAAAGUCGUUUUUUCCGGUGGUUGGUUCUUCAACGGAGGCUCCUCCGAAUCAUCAGCUUAUGCACAACUAUCACCAUCAGCAUCCGCCGGAUUUGCUUUCUCGAACUAAUAGCCAAAACCAAGAUCUUCGUCUCUCGCUGCAAUCGUUCCCGGAUGGUCCACCGUCGCUUCUCCACCACCAACAUCACCACCACACCUCUGCUUCCGCCUCCGAGCCUGUUCUGUUCUACGGGCAGAGCAAUCCGUUAGGGUUUGACACAUCGAAUUCUGUGAGUUGGGAGCAGCAGUCGUCGGAAUUCGGAAGGAUUCAGAGACUAGUGGCUUGGAACAGCGGCGGUGGCGGAGCAACCGAUACAGGAAACGGAGGAGGGUUUCUGUUCGCUCCUCCUCCUCCUUCAACGACGUCGUUUCAGCCAGUUCUUGGCCAAAGCCAACAACUUUAUUCUCAGAGGGGUCCCCUUCAGUCCAGUUACAGUCCCAUGAUCCGUGCUUGGUUUGAUCCUCACCACCAUCAUCAAUCCAUCUCCACCGACGAUCUCAACCACCACCACCACCAUCACCUUCCUCCGCCGGUUCACCAAUCAGCAAUCCCCGGAAUUGGAUUCGCCUCAGGUGAAUUCUCUUCCGGUUUUCGCAUACCAGCACGGUUUCAGGGCCAAGAAGAGGAGCAGCACGACGGUCUCACCCACAAGCCGUCCUCUGCUUCCUCUAUUUCUCGCCAUUGACAAUCGAAACUAAUCCUCUCAAUUCCAGGUUUAUCCUAAGUUCUGUUCUUUUACAUCAAAAAUUAAUACUUUUGUACUUAUUUGGUCAUUGAACUUAAAACCAUUUUGCAGGGCUUGUCAAGCUUCCAUGCACAUUGAAGCUUGACUUAGAUUGCUCGGAACAGGGGAGGUGUUCUCGGUUUGUGUAUUCAAUGGCUUGAAACUAGAAAACGCAAGGAAAGGAAGAAAAAGAAGAAGAAGGAACAGCAAAUGUAGCUCACAAUUUCAGGUUCUUCUUCCAAUAUCCUAACCUUGCCAUUUGUAAUUUUUCAUCUUUUCACCAGUUAGACCAACGUCCUGUAGCUCAAUUAUGGUUAGAUUCACAAGGUUUCUUCUUGUUGUGUUAUGUUUGUAACUUUGUAUCAUCUUCUGCAAUACCCAGAUACUUGAGAAAUUGCAGUUCCCUGUUCUUGUUGUGUAACUCCAUGGAUGUUCUAAUAAAGUCUGAAACUUUCU